UACCAACGUUUGAUCGAUCAGCUGCUUGUUUUCAUUUCGGAAGUUUUCAGCAGCUUAGUACAAAGCUAUUUUGUCCUACAUCAUAUCUUCGAAUCUUCAUGGCGAUGAAAGACGAUUCUUUCGAUAAACGUCAAACAAAAGAGCGCAAUCGAGAGAGAGGAGCCAGCUAGUUGGUGGUCAACAUAUAUUUACACUUUUUUUUUCUUCUCUCAAUUUCGUGACAUGCAACAAAAAUAUUAAGUGGUCAAACACAAAUUGCAGAUUUAGUGCGAUUUUCAGCUCGUGCAGUGCCAGUUUGUGACAGGUUUGACUUGAGCUUAAGUAGCUCGCUAAAGCUCGAAACCGGAUGGCUCAUUUCUCUUGGGAGCUCAGUGUAGUAGUGUUUAUACACACGUACAUUGAUAGUAGAUUGAUAAUUAAAUUAAAUGUUAUAACAACUGCUCACAAUCAAGUGUCAAUCAUGUUACGUUAUCUGAUCAAACUAUUUAUGUUGAGCAUGUGCCAUCAAAUGCGAGCUGAAGUCGAUGAAAAUAACACGUUUGUUGAUUACCGCUUCCAGAACCUCACAUCAUUUGCUAUCACAGAUUUGUCCAAUCCUGUAUCCUAUAUUAUGUAUCUGUCACUACGGGGAAACAACCUCGACAGAAUUCCCAAUGACAUUACGAAACUGUCGAGCCUGGAAAGGUUGAUUCUGUCCGAGAAUCCCCAAAUAACAUUCCCACCCGACGGAUCUCCUUUCCUGAUAUCUAGGAGCCUAAUCGACCUGGACUGCGAAAGUUGUGAUGUGAAGGUGAUUUACAAUCGCUCAUUGCGUAGAUUGCCUCUGCUGGAGACUCUCCGGUUGCCGAACAAUACAAUCCAGAUGAUCGAGAAACGUGCCUUCCAGCACAAUACCAACAUCCGGAUGCUGGACUUCAGACAUAACAAGCUGACCUCCUUGCCGAGCACAAUACUGGUUGGGCUAUCCAAAAUAAAGCAUCUUGAUCUGAGCGGCAACCGAGAACUAGCACCACAGGAUGGUCAACCGUUUCUGGAGAGCAGCUCGCUGAAGAUUCUAAAAUGCAACAACUGUGGUUUCAGCACAACGCAAGUGGUAACCUUCUCUAAACUUCCCAAUCUCCAGGAAUUGCACCUCGCGGAGAAUAGGCUACUGGUGGCACCAUGCUUGCUGCCAGCUCUCAAAGCUUUGGGGGUUUAUUCGAUGAAAAUAAUCACUGAUUAUCAACGAUGCUUGAGAAAGAAGUUUCCUUUUGUCAAGGUUCUGAAAUAGUAUGCUGCUAGGCUAGCGGGGAAAAAUGCUAAUAUUUGAACAGGUUCAAAAAAACGUGCGGUAAAACUCAUACCUACUCGAUAAAAACUUUAAAACUUUUGAUAAGGUUGAAUUAUCAAUUUUGAUAAUGUUCAAACAAAAUAUUGGUUUGAGUGCUACCCCUCAAACGCUAUAAUGCACAUUUUAAAUGUGGGAGUGUGGUCAUAUUACCGAGAAUUGCCAAGCUCUUACACUACCGCACUUGAUUUAUUGCGAUCGUGUUGAAUUUCUCCUCAGUUUAAGAAGAUUUUAGUAUUUUUUUUUCUAAUAUGAUAUGUACAUACUGAUAUGUUCAUUUCCUCUUAAGUUAUAUAACUACAAAGGGUAUGCAAACUCAUUUGUAUAUAACUAAGCUUUCUUUAUUGGCUGCAUCUAAUACUAGACAAAGUAAUAGGAAUCUAAGGCCAGGGCCCAUGGCGUAGUGGCAAUACAUUCGCUUCAUAAGUGGAUGGUCAGAGGUUCGAUCCCAGCCCCGGCACUUGAGAUUUUUCGUCAGUUGCUUUUCCCCCCGAUAGCGGCUGACACCUGACCAUCUUCUGAGCGUAUGCUCUAACGGACCCGGAAGCUUGGAUAUCGGCCAACGGCAACGGACCCCCAAUCGGACUGGAUAAAGGAAUACCCAGCCACACACAUCAACGUCCUCGUGCUCAUCAUUCUACCAUGGGCAGGGUAGAAAAGUGACAGCAGUGCAAAAGGCAACCAGUUCGAUAUAGUAGAAUUAGAAUAGUUGUACAAAGUGUAAGUGCAGCUGCCAAUUGGCCCUAGCGGACAAAAGAGCUGUAAAUUAGGUUAAGUGAUUGAAGAAUAAAACAAAAAACCCUAAUUAAUCCACCUA